AAAUUUUGAUCGAAGCAGUUGGAAUUGACUCCCGCUAAUGGCAUAACCAUGAACGAGAAGACCGAUAAAGAGUUGGCACUGGACAACGAAACCGGGGAUUUUUCAUCAGUGAGCGGAGAACCGGAAGGAAGAAGAAGGUUGUCCUGGUACUAUGCUCCCUCCUUCCUGCUUCUCUGGCUGGCACUCUUCUUUGCCAUCGUGAUCCCGCUCUACAACAGACUUCCGGAUAGGGUGACCAUUGCAGAUGAACCUACAAAGUUCGGAGAAUUCGUGGCAGAACGGGCGGAGAGGCAGCUUAUAGACUUCGAGCGGAUCGGACCCAAAGUGGUGAGCAGUCAAGCGAACGAGGUGGAAACGGUUGAGUUUCUUUUGAAUGAAGUGCAAAAGGUACGAGAUGAAAUGCGCAGUGACCUUUACGAGAUCAAUGUUGAGGUCCAGUUAGCUACUGGUAGCUUAGUUUUUGGCAGUAUGUUGAGCAUGUAUCAGGGCGUUCAAAACGUAAUAGUGAAACUAAGUACAAAGAAUUCCCAAAGUGAGUCUUACCUCCUGAUUAACAGUCAUUUCGACUCAAAGCCAGGCAGUCCAGGAUCUGGCGAUGAUGGUGCCAUGGUUGUGGUUAUGUUGGAGGUUUUACGUCAGAUGGCUAUAUCUGAAACACCAUUUGAACACGGAAUAGUCUUUCUUUUCAACGGAGCCGAGGAAAACGGCCUUCAGGGAGCACAUGGCUUUAUUACGCAACACAAAUGGGCAGCGAAUUGCAAGGCCCUUAUAAAUCUAGAAGUAGGCGGCAGCGGAGGGCGGGAUCUUUUAUUCCAGAGUGUUCCCAAUAAUCCUUGGCUAAUGAAGUACUACAAGAUGUAUGCGAAACAUCCUUUUGCAACUACUUUAGCCGAGGAAACCUGGCAGGCUGGAAUUAUACCCUCUGACACCGACUUUCGAAUUUUCCGUGAUUAUGGAAAUGUGCCUGGCUUGGAUAUUGCCCAGGCAAAUAAUGGGUAUGUCUACCACACAGCAUUCGACACCUUUAGUGUGAUUCCAGGACGAUCCAUACAGAACACUGGCGAUAACAUUCUCGCACUUACGAGGGCGUUUGCAAAUGCCACUGAAUUGAAUGAGACAGAGGGUGCUGAUGAUGGCCAUUCUGUCUUCUUUGACUUCCUGGGACUAUUCUUUGUAUACUACACCGAGACAACUGGAAUUAUUUUAAACUGUCUGAUUGGAGUGAUAAGUCUGGUUUUAGUUGGUUGUUCCCUCUGGAGAAUGUCUUGCCAAACGAAGGAGGUUUCUCUAGGUCGUAUUUUGAUUUGGUUUCUCAUUAUCUUGGUACUGCACUUGGUUGGAUUUUUGCUAAGUAUAUGCUUGCCUCUAUUGUUGGCCGUCAUCUUCGAUGCUGGAGGCAGGUCGCUAACUUAUUUCACCAGCAACUGGCUGGUAUUUGGACUUUACGUAGGUCCUGCCAUCAUAGGCCUCGUACUGCCAUUAACGCUUUACUUUACCCUGAAGCCCAAUGUAAAACUUACCCACUCUUACCAUAUUCAGAUGAGUUUACACGCUCAUUGUGUGGUCUUGGCCCUUCUUAUUCUUGUUUUAACCGCUGUGGGUAUCCGAUCCCAAUAUCUUUGUCUGAUGUCAUUGAUCUUCUACGGAGGAGCUCUUUUGAUUAAUCUUCUCAGUACAUUGCAUGAUCGUGGUUACUAUUGGAGUUUGAUUGUGAUGUCUCUGCAAGUGCUACCAUUUUGCUACUUCUGUUACUUGUUCUAUAUGGUACUCGUAGUCUUUUUUCCGGUCACGGGAAGAAACGGAAUCGGCUCGAACCCGGAUCUUAUUAUAGCAGUCUUGUGUGGUUGCUGCACUUUCUUUGCCCUGGGAUUCGUUGCCCAAUUCAUCAACGUUUUUCGUUGGCCAAAGCUCAUACUUCUUGGCUUGGGUGUAGUCACCUUUAUAUUUUGCAUGAUUGCUGUUUCAAAGGUGGGCUUUCCCUAUCGCGCCAAAACCAAUGUAAUGCGAGUUACAUUUAUGCAAACAAAUCGCAUCUUCUACGAUUACGAUGGCACGGUGAGUCACAGUGAUUCCGGUUACUAUUUUAUAUACCAGGAUAGGCGGGGCUUAAGUCCGCUAAAGGAUUCCGGUGUCAACCUGACUGGACUAGUCUCCAUGGAGCCAGACUGCGAUAAGUAUGUGAUGUGUGGAGCACCUUGUUUCUAUUUCUGCGGAGGGCGUAGGAAUGCUGGUUGGCUGCCCCGAGAUUCGGAUGUAACAAUUCCCGGAGAAAUAACUCUCGAGUUAUUGGAAAAGACAGUUUCACAGACAGGAAAUUCCAUUCGAUUUGAAUUCGAACUUACUGGACCGCCACAUAUGAACGUGUUUAUCCAGCCAGUUGGAGAGGCUGAGGUUACGGACUGGUCUUUUGAGUCGGAACCGGAAAUAUUAAAGCCACCGUACUAUAUAUUUUUUUCAUACGGCAAAGAUUCCAGUCCCUUGAAGUUUUAUAUUGAGUUAACGAAAUCCGAUGGUGACUUUAAUGUCCCCAUUUUGGAGCUCGGAGUUGUGGGACACUUUGUCAGUUACGAUUACAAAAGGGAUCCCGAGGCUCAGCAGUUUGUGGCCGACUUACCAGACUAUGUAAACGCCAUGGAAUGGCCCUCAAUAUUUAAAGGUUACAUAUUUUAAAACUUAUAUUGUUUAGGCAAAACAUUUUAUUAAAGUU